CAUGAGCGCGGGCGACGCGGUGUGCACAGGAUGGCUCGUCAAGUCGCCCCCCGAGAGGAAGCUGCAGCGCUACGCUUGGCGCAAGCGCUGGUUUGUCCUCCGGCAGGGCCGCAUGAGCGGCGACCCCAACGUCCUGGAGUACUACAGGAACAAGCACUCAAGCAAGCCCAUCCGUGCCAUAGACCUCAGCGAGUGUGCAGUGUGGAAGCAUGUGGGCCCUGGCUUCGUUCGGAAGGAAUUUCAGAAUAAUUUUGUGUUCAUUGUCAAGACUACUUCUCGUACAUUCUAUCUUGUGGCCAACACCGAGGUGGAAAUGCAGGUGUGGGUGUACAGUAUCACUCAGGUCUGCAACCUCGGCCACCUGGAGGGUGGUGCAGCAGAUUCCAUGGAGAGCUUUUCUCGCAUGCCAUCCUCCCUCCAGCCAUCCCCUGCCAGCUGCCUUCAUACCAGCCAUGCUGUCAGCUCCUCCUCGUCUGGAGAUGACCCAAGGACUAAUACCACAGUCACUGAGGAAAGGAGAAGUGAGUCAGAGUUUCUCUCCCUUCCUGAUUACACGAUUCUGUCCAACUGUGAGACUGGAAGACCACGCCAGGCCAGUCUACCCACCAGAUGUGAUAGCUGGUCCAACUCAGAUCGCUCGUUGAAACAGGCUUCCUUCGAUGACGUUUUUGUUGACUACCUGCAGCCCCUGCCCUCUAGUACCUUGGUCCAUGCCUCACGCCAUGGGAAUGGAUCUCAGAAGGCACCUCCCAUGAGGCCUCAGGCUGCCCUGAUCUGGAGUAGAGAUAUCAGUGGGCCAUCCACGGACCGCUUUUCUUCACCAUUGCUGAAAACUUCCUUAAAUUCCACCAUUCAUGUAGAUAAAAACCAAGGUUCCUUGCCCUAUGGGGUAAAAGAAGUAGACAUCAUGUUCAACACGCCACCUCCCCGCCCCCCUAAGCCAAGCUAUCUCUCUGAACGGCGCCAAGAGGAGCAGCACAUGUGGAGUGGGCACAGCGGCAUCCAGAAGGCAAAAUGCACUGCGGCACAGAGAAGAAUCUCUCUUUCUGGUUUAGAUAAUGUGCCAACCUGGAAAGCUGAUGUAGAAGGCCAAUCCUUAAGACACCGAGACAAGCGGCUUAGUUUAAAUUUGCCAUGCAGGUUCUCCCCGGUGCGCCCCACAGCCUCGGCCAGUGUUGAAGACAGCUACGUGCCCAUGGGCCCGGUGCGCCCCACAGCCUCGGCCAGUGUUGAAGACAGCUACGUGCCCAUGGGCCCCCAGCCCAUUGCCUCUGGUCUUGGACCUCACUUCAGCCCUAAUGACUACAUCCCAAUGAGCUCAGGAAUCAUCCCAAGCCCAUUGUCUGAGCUGCCUGCAGACCUGGAGCCACCCCCAGUGAAUAGACAUCUCAAGCCUCAGAGGAAACCACGGCCACCUCCUCUGGAUCCAAGAAACCUGUCCACCAUCCGGGAGCACACAUCUCUAACCAGGUCCUGCACUGUGCCUUGCAAUCGAACCAGAUUUCUCUCUCCGGAAAGAAAUGAUAUUCAUUCUGCAAGAUUUUUUGCCCAUUCUGUUUCCAGAGAAGAGGAAGAAAGCUACAUCCAAAUGGAGAAGCACAGAACCGCCAGUUCCCUGAGCAGUGGAGCUCUGACGUGGACAAAGAAAUUCAGCCUGGAUUAUUUAGCCCUGGACUUCAAUUCGGCAUCACCCGCUCCUGUACAGCAGAAACUUCUUCUGUCAGAAGAGCAAAAAGUUAACUAUGUCCAAGUGGAUGAGCAGAAGACACAGGCUCUUCAGAAAACAAAGCAGGAGUGGACGCAUGAGAGGCAGUCCAAAGUGUGA